AAUUUCCUGCAUAUUGCUGAGGGAAAAAAAAGGCCGAUCUCAUCAGAAGCCGAAAGAGAGAGAAAGAGACGGUGGCUCGCAUUUGGCAUACCAAACCAUCUCUGUUUUAUUUCUCUCAUUGUUUAGGACUUAACAUAAUGUGCUGUUGGAUCUGAAACUCGAGCAAGUUCGUUGUUUAUCGAUCCGUUCCGCAUUUCAAUCGAAACCCCAAUCAAUGUUGCGGUUAAGAGCGUUCAGGCCGACGAACGAUAAGAUCGUCAAGAUUCAGCUGCAUCCCACGCAUCCAUGGCUGGUCACUGCUGAUGCCUCAGAUCACGUUUCUGUUUGGAACUGGGAACAUCGCCAGGUCAUCUACGAGCUCAAAGCUGGUGGUGUCGAUCAGCGGCGUUUGGUUGGCGCCAAGUUGGAGAAGCUCGCCGAAGGCGAAUCAGAGCCUAAAGGGAAACCUACUGAAGCCAUACGUGGAGGGAGUGUUAAGCAGGUGAACUUCUAUGAUGAUGACGUGCGCUUUUGGCAACUUUGGCGUAACCGCUCUACAGCUGCUGAGUCUCCAUCAGCUGUCAAUCAUGUUGCAUCGGCUUUUAGUUCUCCUGCUCCAUCAACUAAAGGAAGACAUUUUCUUGUCAUUUGUUGUGAAAAUAAAGCCAUAUUUUUGGACUUGGUAACAAUGCGUGGCCGUGAUGUACCAAAACAGGAGCUCGACAACAAAUCGCUUCUCUGUAUGGAAUUCCUUUCUAGAUCUGCUGUUGGUGAUGUUCCUCUUGUUGCUUUUGGUGGAUCAGAUGGUGUUAUCAGAGUACUUUCAAUGAUGACAUGGAAGCUUGUAAGAAGAUACACAGGAGGGCAUAAAGGAUCCAUUUCUUGUUUGAUGACAUUUGUGGCUUCUUCUGGUGAGGCGCUUCUUGUUUCGGGGGGUAGUGAUGGUUUGCUCGUAGUUUGGAGUGCAGAUCAUAGUCAAGAUUCACGAGAACUUGUUCCCAAGCUAAGUUUAAAGGCACAUGAUGGUGGAGUUGUGGCUGUUGAGCUUUCUAGAGUGAUUGGAGCUGCUCCGCAGCUUAUUUCAAUUGGUGCAGAUAAGACGUUAGCUAUAUGGGACACAGUUUCUUUUAAGGAGUUGCGGCGUAUUAAACCUGUUCCAAAAUUGGCUUGCCACAGCGUGGCAUCCUGGUGCCACCCUCGUGCUCCAAACCUUGAUAUAUUGACUUGUGUUAAAGAUUCCAAUAUAUGGGCUAUUGAACAUCCAAUAUACUCUGCUCUCACAAGGCCGUUGUGUGAACUUUCCUCACUAAUCCCUCCACAAGUAAUCGCACCAAACAAGAAAAUUAGGGUUUACUGUAUGGUUGCCCAUCCUUUACAGCCUCACCUGGUCGCUACUGGAACCAACGUUGGUGUCAUUAUCAGUGAAUUUGACCCUAAAUCUCUUCCAGCUGUAGCUCCCUUGCCAACACCAUCAGGAAGUCGAGAGCAUAAUGCUGUCUAUGUCAUUGAAAGGGAACUUAAGCUACUAAACUUUCAGUUAUCCCAGACAGCAAAUCCAUCUCUUGGGAAUAAUACUUCUCUCAGGGGGGACUCACCAGAAACUUUACAUGUCAAACAGAUGAAGAAGCACAUUAGUACACCUGUUCCACAUGAUUCCUAUUCAGUUCUCUCAGUGAGCGGCUCGGGAAAGUAUCUUGCAGUUGUGUGGCCUGAUAUCCCAUACUUCUCCAUCUACAAGGUUAGUGACUGGUCAAUCGUUGAUUCAGGCAGUGCAAGGCUUCUGGCUUGGGAUACAUGUCGUGACAGAUUUGCUAUACUAGAGUCGACAUUACCACCUCGAAUUCCUGUAGUACAUAAGGGGGGCUCAUCAAGAAAAGCGAAAGAAGCUGCUGCUGCUGCAGCACAAGCUGCUGCGGCAGCUGCUUCAGCUGCUUCUGCAGCCAAUGUACAAGUUCGCAUCUUGCUGGAUGACGGCACAUCAAAUAUUUUAAUGAGAUCUAUUGGUGGUCGCAGUGAACCGGUCAUUGGCUUGCAUGGAGGGGCCCUUCUUGGUGUUGCAUACCGAACAUCUCGGAGAAUUAGCCCUGUUGCUGCAACAGCUAUUUCAACAAUUCAAUCCAUGCCCCUGUCUGGAUUUGGAAGUGGUGGGCAUUCUUCUUUUUCCACUUUUGAUGAUGGAUUUUCUUCUCAUAGAUCUUCUGCUGAGGCUGCACCACAAAACUUUCAGCUAUACAGUUGGGAAACUUUUCAACCUGUGGGUGGUCUAAUUCCUCAGCCAGAAUGGACAGCAUGGGAUCAAACUGUUGAGUAUUGUGCUUUUGCAUAUCAGAAAUACAUUGUCAUAUCUUCUUUGCGCCCACAAUUUAGGUAUCUGGGGGAUGUCGCAAUUCCUUAUGCUACUGGUGCUGUUUGGCAUAGGCGACAGUUGUUUGUGGUUACGCCUACCACGAUUGAAUGUGUUUUUGUGGAUGCUGGAGUUGCACCUAUUGACAUUGAAACCAAAAAGAGGAAAGAGGAAAUGAAGCUAAAGGAGGCACAACAAAGAGCCCUUGCCGAGCAUGGUGAAUUAGCACUAAUUGCAGUUGAUGGUCCGCAAUCUGUUACGCAAGAAAGGAUAGCUUUGAGGCCCCCAAUGCUACAGGUGGUGCGAUUAGCCUCAUUUCAGCAUGCCCCAUCUGUGCCUCCUUUCUUAACAUUGUCGAGACAAUCUAAAGUUGAUGGGGACGAUUCCGGGCUGCCAAAAGAGUUUGAAGAAAGAAAGGUUAAUGAGGUAGCCGUUGGUGGUGGAGGGGUCUCAGUUGCAGUUACUCGUUUUCCAACAGAGCAGAAACGACCUGUGGGACCUCUGGUAGUGGUGGGUGUCAGAGAUGGUGUUCUUUGGCUAAUCGAUAGAUAUAUGAGUGCUCAUGCCUUAUCCCUAAGCCACCCUGGGAUCCGCUGUCGGUGUCUUGCUGCUUAUGGAGAUGCAAUUAGUGCUGUCAAGUGGGCAAGUAGGCUUGGCAGAGAACAUCAUGAUGAUUUAGCUCAAUUUUUGCUAGGCAUGGGUUAUGCUACUGAGGCACUUCAUUUGCCUGGAAUAUCUAAGAGGUUAGAGUUUGAUUUGGCCAUGCAGAGCAAUGAUUUGAAAAGAGCUCUUCAAUGCCUUCUUACAAUGAGUAACAGCAGGGACUUGGGGCAAGAGAAUACAGGAUUUGAUUUGAAGGACAUUCUAACUGUAACAACUGUGAAAGAAAAUAUUCUGGAAGCUGUCCAAGGAAUAGUGAAAUUUGUCAAGGAGUUUUUGGAUCUUAUUGAUGCUGCAGAUGCUACUGGACAGGCUGAAAUUGCUCGGGAAGCUCUUAAGAGAUUGGGUGCUGCAGCUUCUGUAAAAGGAGCUUUACAGGGUCAUGAAUUAAGAGGACAAGCUCUGCGCCUAGCCAAUCAUGGAGAGUUGACACGGCUUAGUAAUUUGGUAAACAAUUUAAUAUCAGUUGGCUCCGGACGUGAAGCAGCAUUUGCAGCUGCAGUUUUGGGAGACAAUGCCCUUAUGGAGAAGGCGUGGCAGGAUACUGGAAUGCUUGCCGAGGCUGUGCUUCAUGCCCAUGCUCAUGGGAGACCAACAUUGAAGAACUUGGUUCAGGCUUGGAAUAAAAUGCUACAAAGAGAGGUUGAGCAUACGCCAACAACGAAAACUGAUGCUGCUGCUGCAUUUUUGGCUUCUCUGGAGGAACCAAAGCUCACAAGUUUAGCAGAUGCUGCCAAGAAGCCGGCGAUUGAAAUUCUUCCUCCAGGGAUGCCGUCUCUUUCAGCUCCUCCAAUUUCUGUUCAAAAGAAACCAGCUCCUGGGGCUCAGAACUCACAGCAGCAACCAGGCAAGCCCUUGCUAUUAGAAGCAGCCCAUACUACCACACCAGCACCUUCUAGUGAGCAACAACCAUUAGAAUCAGGUGAACCCACAUCAAAUGAUAAGCCUCCCGUUUCAUCAGCAGAGAGUGAUCCAGCUAAUCCAGCUCCGGCUGCUCCGGGAGAAAGUGUCCCAGAAACUUCUACAGGUAGUGCGGCACCAUCAGAUGCCCCACUCCAAGUGCCUCAAUCAGAGGCCCCAUCUCAAGGGCCGCAAUCAGAGGCCCCAUCCCAAGGGCCGCCAUCAGAGACCCCAUCCCAAGUGGUCCAAUCAGAGGCUCCAUCCCAAGCGGCCCAAUCAGAGGCUCCAUCCCAAGCGCCAGAGUCAGAGGCCCCAUCGCAAGCGCCACAACCGGAGGCUCCAUCCCCAGCUCCACAACCGGAGGCUAUAUCCCCAGCUCCACAACCAGAGGCUCCAACCCAAGCUCCGCAAUCUGAGGUCCCAAUCCAAACACCACCAUUGGAAGCCCAACCUCAGCUACCACCACUUCAGAAAACCAUUUCUCAGCCAUUGCCGGAUCUAUUUCGAAUGUAAUCCCCAAUAACCUGGCUCCCAAAAAAGUGUUGCAGAAUCGCAGAAAUUCAAAUGAUUCGUCCAGUAGAAGCUCCAUGGCAUGUCAUAUAAAGAACUCAUGGUCUAUAUUAUAUUCAUUUUCGGGCAAAGCGGUGUUAUGAAAUAGUUAGUAUUGUUCAUAUUUCUUGUAAGCUCAAGUUUUGUGUGUAUUUUAUCUUAUCCUCUGUAUCAUUGAGCGUGUAAUUUUUUUUGGGUAUUUUGUCUUAUCCUCUGUAUCAUUGAGCGUGUAUUGAUCUUUUUCCUUUUACCCUAUGCUGAGAGAGACUUGUUCCUCGGCAGAUUUUUUUU